AUGAAUGUCAUCAGAUACGAAGGUGAACGACAUUGUGAUUGGACAACCAGUAUAUCUCGUCUCCCAAGCAACUCAUCAGAUAAAACAAAAACACCUAUUUGCAUAGUCCAAGUUUACUUUUACAUUUCCCUUUUAUCACAAUCCAUCAACAUGCAUAUCUCUGCCGCACAACAACAACAUAGCGUUUCAUCAACAACAUCCACACAUCACUGCAACAAGCGAAAAAAGCCAUCAACACAACAACACCAUCGUCGUCGUCAAGGUGGACGUAGACAACACAAGGCUGCAUCAUCAUCAUCAUCAUCCAGUGAGAAUGAGAGUAGCAGUAGCAGUAGCACGAAUGGCGAUGAUGACGAUGAGCUCUUUCUUCUCACACCACCACCAUCACCACCUGCUUCUCCACAAUUGCUCUCUAGCAAGGAUGAGACACGUGUAGCAGAUGAACGUCUAUUGGCAGCCAAGCGCCAAGGUCAACUUCGAGCCGUCAUGAAUGAAUUUGCAGCCAUCAAACGCCAAGGAUACGUGUUGAGUGAACGAACUUAUAGUAUCGUGUUGGAUGCACAUACAACAUUGAGACGUGAAGGAUCCCCAAUGACACACAUGUUACAAGUGUAUGAAGAGAUGCUCGCUGCUGGUAUCCAAACAAGUGCCAAUACAUAUUCAGUGAUGAUCCGAGCAUUGUGCAAGCGCGAUAUUGAAGUCCAAAAGACAAUUGCCAUGCUGAAACGUCAAUCUGAAAGAGCGGGUGGAUUUGUUGUGGUGAGCAACCGCAAACAGCAACAGCAGCAGGAUGACCUGGUUCAAUUACAGCAAGAAGGCAAUGCGAAAAAGGCACUUUUAUUAUUUGACAAGGCACUUGCACAAGGAUGUAUCCACGAGUUGCAAAUGGAUGCUUUCAAUCAAUUGCUACGCGUCUUGUCGCAUCAUGGUGAUACAACGGGUGCCAUGCAUGUAUAUGACCAAAUGGAUACCAUGCCAAAGUCGAGUGUCACCUAUGCUGCUCUUAUCAAUUUGUUCGGUCGCGUGGGUGAUAUCGAUGCUGCUCUUGUCUACUUUGAUCAAUACAGUUCUUCUACCACCGACACGCCAUGCUGCCACGUUUACACUGCAUUGGUUGACGCCUACCUGAAAUGUGGUCUUGUUGACAAGGCGCUUCACACCGUCACUCAUGCCAUUCCCGCCAACCGUGUCAAGAUCACCACCAUUCCAUACAAUGCUAUUAUCCGCCAUUACUGUGCUCAUGACCGCCUGCUCGAUGCCGAAUCCUUGGUGGCGAAUAUGGCGGUGGCACCUGAUUCGAGUAGCUAUGGUCCUAUUCUUUCAGCGUAUUGUCAAGCGAAUGAUUUCAACAAGGCAAACGAGCUCUAUGCAUCAUUACUUCGCACGGAUAUCAGCAAAGCCUAUGGCAACUUGGCCAACUAUGCCUUGUUGUGUCUUCGUCAUGGUGACCCUGCCAAGGCUCUCGAUGUGGUCAAUGAUAUGCGCUGUGCAAGCUUGGAACCUGAUGCAGUACUCUCGGAGCAAAUCAUCAUGUGCUUUUUGCAACAAGGAUUGGUCAAGGAUGCAACCAUUGCUUUGGACAAGGUGAUCCGUGUCAUGUCAACUCGUUCCAUUACCAAAGCUACGACAAGACUCACACAUGCCGCUGUAUGCAUUGCUGAUGCGAUUGAUGGAAAGGAGGAGGAUGAUGAUAAUGGAUGGGUGGAUCUAUUGGCCGUAGCACGAGCCCUCUUGAACGGUACAUUGCAACUACCAGCUACCGCUUUGGCUGAUCGCAUUGUCACGCGCUACCAGCAAGAGAUGAAGACCAGUGAUCCAGAAAUCGUAUUGGAAGCAGCUCUUGUAUGCACUUGUCUCAAGGAUGAACAAUCAUUCGCCACCUUUGUUCUUGAUGUACAACAACAUAUGACAUCUCAAGUGUCUCAGGAUCUGAUAUUGCGUGUGCUUGCACGUUUGGAUGGCAAGAAUGCAACCCUUUGGAAGAAUGCCUUUGAUCAGCAGCAGCAAGCCAUGAUGAACCCACAACAAGCCUCUGAAUGUAUCUCCAAGCAAGUGAUGCGUGCUGUGGUAGCUGGCGAUGUGAUGGAGGCUGUGAGGAUUGUGCGUGAAGAGUUGGUCGCCAAGGAGAUUGUACCUGCCCCUGAAACGAUGCGAGAUGCCAUUGCAUUGGCUGGCAAGCAAGGUCACCUGUCAUCAGCACACACAAUGUACGAGCUUAGCAUGCAGAUGUAUCAAGAGCAUUUGGAUCAAGAACGUGCACAAAAGGCUGUGUACAUGGCAACGAACAGUAUCUUGAUUGGUCACGCACAGCAAGGUGAUAUGGUUCAAGCCAAGGAGUAUUAUGAUGCUAUCAAACGCAUGGGUCAAUAUCCUGAUGGCAAUGCUUAUGCAAGUCUUUUACUCGGCAUGGCUCACAGUGCAAACACUACCGAUGAAGCAGCUGAUGCGCUUAUCAUUUAUGACGAGGCGAAGCGCCAUCACGUCAAGCCUACCACCUUUUUCUACAAUGUGGUCAUUUCCAAGCUCGCCAAAGCACGUAAGCUCGAACCUGCUUUACGCUUAUUCGAUGAGAUGCAACGCCUCUUCAAGCUUACGCCCAAUAUCAUCACGUAUGGUGCUGUGAUCUCAGCUUGUGUGAGAGCAGGUUCUGAGGCUCAUGCUUGCCGCCUCUUUGAUGAGAUGUUGCUUCGACGUCGUGGCGGCUGUCAACAAGAUGAGUUACGCAUUGGUCCCUUCAACAACAUGAUCCAGUUUUACGUUCGUCAGCAGCCUGAUCGUUCACGUGCCUUGUUUUAUUUUGAGCAACUCAAGAAAUACAACAUCCAACCUUCAGCUCAUACCUACAAGCUUUUGUUGGAAGCUUAUUCCACCAUUGCACCUUUCGACAUGGAUGCUGCUCACCAUCUCCUUGAUCAUGUGAUUGCUCGACCUCAACCAACCCAUUAUGCUACUCUUAUUUAUGCUUAUGGAACCAUCCACAAAGACAUUCAUCGUGCUCAGCAAGUAUUUGAUCAAGUCGUCCCCAGCAACCAGGAUAUGGAAGUUGUGUACCAAGCCAUGCUCGAUACACUUAUUUCGAAUGACCAAUUGGAACGUGCUGAGCAGGUCUACAAGCAAAUGAGUCGUCGUAUCACCAACAAGAGCUCGUCACCUUACAUUGAGAACCUGUUGUUGCGUGGUUAUGGUCAACGUGGCUGGAUUGGCAAGGCUGAAGAAUUGUUUGAACGCAUGUCGGAUGAUAAGUCUUCUUCACCCAAGGGUACGGUGGUGCGUGAACCAUCUACUUAUGAAGCUAUGGUGCGUGCUUAUCUUGACAACAAUCUCGUUCCCAAGGCCAAAUGUAUCCUCGACCGUAUGAUGUCUCGUCAAUUUCCCGAUAGGGUUGUGGCUUCUGUAGCUGCCUUGAUCCACGCUCAUUAA